AGUGAAUAUAAUUAUAUUAGUGUGCAAAGUGUACGAUGAAAGCCAGUUACGCUGAUGGUGCACCGCUACACUUGGCUUCGAAAAUUAAGAGUUGGACAGUCAAACUUUCACCGUGCAGGUUUUACGCGGAGACGGAAAGUAGUAUUGUAAGGUUUAGGAUUAAUGCAAAAUGACAGAACUGUCGGAAGUGCGGAAAAAUGCGUCCGUUCUGUGGUUUCGACAUGGCCUGAGAUUACACGAUAACCCAGCUUUACAAGAAACAUUAAAAGACAACGAUGUCUUUUUACCCAUUUUUAUAUUUGAUGGCAAAACCGCAGGAACAAAUAUUAUUGGAUACAAUCGUAUGAAAUUCUUGCUGGAGUCAUUACAAGAUAUUGACAAUAAGUUACAAGAAGUUGGAGGCAAAUUAUCUCUCAUUCGAGGAAACCCUGUGGAAGUCUUUCAUUUUAUAUCCGAAAAGUUUAAUCUCCGUAAAAUCUGUUUUGAGCAGGAUUGUGAACCAAUCUGGCAAGAACGUGACAAUGCUGUGAAAAAAUUUUGUCUUGAAAAUAAGAUAGAAUGUUUUGAAAAGGUUUCGCAUACUCUAUGGGAUCCAUAUCUUGUCCAGAAAACAAAUGGAGGUGUACCACCACUUACUUUCCAGAUGUUUUUGCAUACUAUAUCAGUUCUUGGGUCUCCUCCAAGGCCCAUUGGAGAUGUAGACUGGACUUUGGUUGAAUUUGGAACAUUGACACCAUUGCCUUUUCCUCACAAUUUACAUAUAUUUCAACAUUUUCCAACGCCAGAAGACUUUGGCAUCUACCCUGAAGAGAAAAAUGGAGAUCGAAUCAUUCAGUGGAUUGGAGGAGAGACUCAAGCACUCAUACAUCUGAAGGAACGAUUAAAAGUGGAGGAAGAUGCUUUCAGGAAAGGUUACUACCUCCCUAAUCAAGCAAGACCAGAUCUGCUGGGACCUCCUUCUAGUCAAAGUGCUGCAUUGAGAUUUGGAUGUCUUUCAGUAAGACGUUUUUAUUGGAGUAUUCAAGACAUUUUUACUAAAAUCCAUGGUAACAAUCAAGUUCCUAACCAACAUAUUACGAGCCAACUGAUAUGGAGAGAAUUCUUUUAUACAAUGUCAGUGGGAAACAAAUAUUACGAUGAAAUGGAGCGCAAUCCUAUCUGUUUAAACAUUCCUUGGAAAGAAAAUACAAAAGGCCAUCUUGAAUUGUGGGAACAAGGAAAGACUGGUUAUCCAUUUAUUGAUGCUGUUAUGAGGCAGCUGGUUCAGGAAGGCUGGAUUCAUCAUGUGGCACGAAAUGCAGUUGCUUGUUUCCUUACACGUGGGGUCUUGUGGAUCUCAUGGGAAGCAGGCUUGAAAUUUUUUCUUAAAUAUUUACUUGAUGCUGAUUGGUCUGUUUGUGCCGGAAACUGGAUGUGGGUAUCCAGUUCAGCUUUUGAACAGUUAUUGGAUUGUUCACAUUGUAUGUGUCCAGUGAACUAUGGAAGACGAUUGGACCCUUGGGGCGAAUACAUCAAAAGAUAUAUUCCGGAAUUAAGAAACUAUCCAGUUGAAUAUUUGUAUGAACCUUGGAAAGCACCUUUACAUGUACAAGAACAGGCUGGUUGUAUUGUAGGCAAAGAUUAUCCUCAAAGAAUGAUAGAUCAUCUUCAAGCUUCAGAAAAAAAUCGUCAGUACAUGGAAGAUAUUAGAAAUCAAUUAAUGAAUCCUCCACCUCAUUGUCGCCCUUCUAACGAGAAAGAAACACGAGAAUUUAUGUGGUGUCAUGAUAAUUGCUUUGACCACUAGUUCCUAUCAUAUGAGACUUGGGCAUGAAAAUGGUGAUGGUAUUUAAUUCUUGUAAAGAAGGAUUUUAUUUUUUUAGGAAAUUAUUACUUUAUAAAGAAAGAAUUAUUCUUUCUGUGUGGAAAAUAGGGGCCAAGUUGUGUGUCUGGAAAGUUUUAUAUUUCAUAUACCCAUUAAAGUAAAAAAACAUAUCACAUUUAUGAACUUCAAAUCGUAUUCAAUAUUACACAAAGAAAUGUUUUUUCAUACUUUUUGAGUGUAACAGGGUAAAGUAACCUUUAUUUGAAGUCAAUGGAAAGUUGUGGUGAGCACUAAAUUUAUUUUUUUCUCCACAGCUACUCUUUCAUGAAAAAUAAAUUUACACUUUUGAUAAUUUAAAGUGUAUGAGCUUAGUCUCUCCCAGAAAAAUGUAAUGCAUCUGUUUCCAGGCAAAAUAGGAAUGACUUUGAAAUGUUGCUUUCUGGUCUCUUAUAAUACAGUUUUAGAGGACUGAAGGGUGUCAAGUCUCAUUCCUCCAAAGAGACACAGACUUUUUUACACACAGUCUAAAUGAUCAUGAAAUUUCGGGUGAGAUGCUUUUCGUGUAUUCAUAAUUUUUUUAUUGCGUUUUUAGC